CAAAAUCUUCAUCCCAACCACGCAAUCAUCAACCAUCAGUCUAGCUAGACUACUAUCUACUACCGGCAGAAAGCGGAAAGCGACCAUGGUAUCCACCUCUGUUGUCUCUCAUCGCCGUCGCUCCAGCAAGGCCAAGAAGCAAGCAGAAAUGCUUCAGAGGUUGAAGGCAUGUCAGGAACUACCCGAGAACCAGAAAUGUGCGGAGUGUGGAGAAGACAAGCCAGCGUGGGCGUCUCUCCUCAAGGCUCCUGCAGCAUUGAGCAGCACUACUGACAAGAAGAAACUGGGAGUGUUUUGCUGCUACAAGUGCUGCAGUUAUCAUUUUCAAAUGGGCAGAGAUAUUUGUCAAGUCAAGAAUAUCAAAAGUUCCGAAGAUUGGACGGAAGAUGAAGUCAAGACAAUGGAAAUCACUGGCAAUGGCAUUUCCAAUGCCAUUUAUGAAGGACUGAUGGAUUCUUGCAAGCAAAGCGUUAAACCAGAUCCCAAGAAUCACGAAGCUCAGGCGCAGUUUGUAGAGGACAAGUACAAAGAGCUCAAGUUCUUUUGCAAGGAAGCAUACCAAGCACAUGGAUCAUGGUUCACCUACCAACAGAAGGAGCAAAAGCGAAGCAGUGGCAGCAAAAAGAUCAAGAAGGAAAAGAGUACUAGUAAGUGCUCUAGUAAGUGCUCUAGUAAGUGCACUAGUAAGAGUACUAGCAAGGGCAAGAGCAAGAGCAAACCAAAAGACAAAGCCGGACGCUCCCAUAGCCGAAGCCGAAGCUCCUCAGAGGAUGUGGUUAGCGUGCCGGCAUCAUCUCCACCAUCGCCGCCGCCACAAGAUGAUGAGUCGCCUGCAGGCAAAAAGGAGCAACUUGUGGUGGUGGAUGCCAGUAGCAAACACAGCACCCUUGAUGGUGUCCACAGUGAUCUCUCGGAAACCGAAGACUCAUUCUCUGACGAUGACGACGACAGCUGUUGCCAUCGUUCGUCUUCUCUUUCGGAUACAAUGAAGGCACAAGCGCUGUUUCACCAUCAGCACCGAAAGGGACCCCACGAACUCCGGUUGGAACAAGAUGCCAAGCAGAUGCAGCCUGGAUACUCGUCAUAUAGUGGAGGAUCAAGAAACCAUUUGUUGCCCUCGGACGUCGAUUUGGGCUACGGUAGCGACCACCACCGUACGCAUGACGAGUCGGAUUUGGGAUACGAGACGAAUCACGUGGAUUUGGGUUAUGGCAAUGAUGAUGACGACGACCAGAGUGUGGAUGGAACGCUUGCCAACCAGUUGGCACGCCGAUCUAUUUCGAGCGGUGGCCGCAUUCGUCGUGGGUCCCUUGGAUGUGGUGGUUCCAGUCACAGUCGUCGCGGAUCUCGCGUGGAAUCGUCAUCGCAGCAUCGUGACUCCAUUGGGCACAACCACAGCAACCACCAUCGUGACUCCAUUGGAUACCACAGCAACCACCAGGGUUCUACUCCCGGGAGACGACCUUCCAUGGUGAGAACAUCAUCGAGAAGACGAGUUGCAAGACAAAACUCCUCUCUACGCUGCCGCGAAUCUGUCGGACCACGCCGCGAGUCUAUUGGAUCACGCCGUGAUUCUAUUGGAUCGCGCCGCGAGUCGAUGGGCCACCGAAGCAAUAGCCGCCGACAGAUCCAACAAUGCCCCUCUACUGGUGCAGUUCUCGAGGGAGAGCGAUCUGCUACCGGUAGGAAGCGCCAUCAUGGAAGGAGAGGUUCCAUGGGAGGUUCGGCCCUGUUGGUCCACUGAGCUGAGCGACUUUUGGUUUGAAAUCGAAGCCGACUCAUGCAUGGACACUUUCUCGGGCGCACUCAAUGAAACGGUGUGACCUACCACCUUAUCACACUCUCCAAGCAGAUGUGUUGAUUGCAUGUUACCAGGUACUAGCCUUCAUAACAGUAGAAAGAUAUUAGAAGAUACGUGCUCACA